AUGUGUUUUUACCGGAUUGAGGGAGAUGAUUGCUUUGGUGACUCUCCAUUGACUGCUAACUGGCUGACUGCUGUUGUGAGUGAGACAGUGCAGGGUAAAUCAGCACCAGUACACAAUACGAAUUGUCAGACGAAGAGGAGCGUGCAGGUGGUUCAGGGAUUGUACCUACUCAGUAUAUUAGCAGAGGUGAAUAGCCUGCUGUGGCGUGUUUUCGGAGGCCCUUGCAAAGAGGAGCCGACCGACGCGCAUCCAUCGCUCGUCGUGGUACCACCAGCUCGCCAUCCGGACGCCGCCGAACAUCACCGUCAUAACCCUGUUGUCGUUGGUGUGCCUCAUUCUGGACACAACCCGUUUGAGUAUCUCCCUCUUUCGCUAUCUUUUCCUUUAACAAUUUCAGCUGACUCCACAACAAUUGGAACAGCAACAACAACGGUUACGGCACAUCUUGGACUUUUGGACACUGCAGAUUCCGUCCCUUCUUUACCUACACCAGCGUUACUGCCUACUGCACAGUCCGCCGAUUUCAAAGGCAGCAGUAGCAGUCUGAUCUCGUGCGCGAAUGCUCCAGCAUCCCUGACUCCGACGACGCUUGCCAUUCCAAUCACACCCGCGGCUCCGUUAACGCCUGUGAGCUCGGCAGGCAGCGCGGUCAGUCCCCAGAGUCCACUCAGACUUCCAUCAUCAGUUGUGCCUUGCACUUCUUCGGCGCUGUGUGCUUUUACUUCUAUUGUAACCGGUCGACAUUCUCAGUUUUUUCCUCCGCCUGCGUUACUUUCGACUCUCUGCGGUGCUCCACCCCGAUCGAGUGCGAUUGGAGUUCACAUCGGAGCACCGGCAUCUUGCUGUUUUCUACCUCGCAGCCGGCCGCUAGCUGUGGGGCUCAUGGACGCCCCUGCCAGCGCCGCUCAUAUUUGCGCUGAGCUAUACAAUCCGACGCAACAAACGUUUACGACCGACGUUAUAGAUGGCAUUAGCCAGAGCCGCCCCAACAACGGGAACAUGGGUGGACAGCAAAUUAGAACAGGGGUAGGCGGUCUGAAUUCCGCAGGUGACGGUGUCGGCGACAGCCACGAAAGCAGCCGUCACCAUCAGCAUCAUCAUACCCAUGAUACUCGAAAUCAUAGUCAUCUAUCAGGGAUUAGCGAAAAUUCUGUGACCUCUGCAACGGAAAACAAAGCGACGCUAGCUGGAAGCAAUGAGGCCAACAAUGGAUACGCUAUCGUAAAGCCUGUCACCGUCCUGACAAAUCUGCAACGUGGCAACGUACCAACACAAGCACCAGUGACACUUAUACUGCGAUGCAUCCAUCAAUUGGUAGCUCAGGGAGAUCUGCCUAAAGAGCCGUUUGCGGAGCGCCGCGUCGAUCUGCAAGAUAGUGAAGGUCUGACUCCACUCAUGUGGGCUUCAUUCCACGGCCAAAUUUUAGCUGUGCGCCGACUUCUCGCGCAGGGCGCUGCCGUAAACGCCCGAGCACCUUUAGGGCAAAGCGCUCUUUUGUACGCUGCACAUCGGGGGCAUGCGGCCGUCGUACGGGAGCUCCUCAUACAUGGGGCAGAUGUUAAUCAGUCGGAUUCGGACUCGUGUACAGCCCUGAUGUAUGCAGCGGUCGGAGAUCACGAAGAAGCCUGUCGUGACCUACUCUCAGCUGGAGCUAGCCUGGCAUAUAUUAACGAAUUCAUGGAUAGCGCAUACGACCUUGCCAUAGCUUAUGACAGCCAACACGCCCUCGAAGUCUUCGACAACCACUUGAUGAGUCUGUUUAAUUAGCAAGGAUCUACAAUUGAUACUUUAGGCCUCUGACUUUGAAAAUCGCUGCAUCCUGGGCACGUUCAUGCCAGCCCGAGUACUUCAGGCACAUCGAGCGCUGAAAGAAUUCCGACAAUCGAAGAACCAUUCAGUGUGUGGACGUCUAUCGUUAUGCAAAUAUUCAACUAAUUAAUUCAACAGAAUAAAAGUUCUCAAGGCUACAGAACCGGUUAGACAGAAGCAGUUGCAGCUUCCAUUGGAAUCUCUGAUUACGGUUCCUUCUCUGUUAUAAGCAAAGCGCCGGAGAAGACCAUGCGACUCUCGAUUCUCCAGUCGAUCAUCCAUUAAAGAAUAGUAGUGAACUGCAUACACGAUCACUGAACGCUAGCCGGAACUACCACGUUAAAUAUUAUUAUUAUAUUCAGUUACGUUAUGUACGGCUACUCUCAACCAGUGAGGACUUAGCCGUUCGAUGCAUAAAGGCUACUCCCAGGGAGUAACCUUCUAUUAGUCGAUACUUCAUUCCAUAUAAAGUUCUUUAAAUAAUAUAGCGAUGUCAUAGAAAUGAUAGAUGACAAAUUUUUACGAGAGCGAAUGUGUUGAUAACAUGCCGAAACGUCGAAGCUACCGCAUGCACACGCUGUUGGGGUAGAAUGAGAUCGAAAAAUUUUACGAAUCGUUGAAACCCAUGUAAGUCAAUUGACGUAGGUAAAAUAUUUUGUGCAAAGCUUUUAUUUGUUAGAACAGCCUUUACCAAUUCAUACCUUACUCAUUACGGUGAGUUAGGCUACAGCAGAGAGUUCAAAUAAGUUAAUAAUUGUUAAUUAAUACACUAGUAAUAACGAUAGUUCUUUGUUGCACGGGUCGAAAACAGCCAGUGAUUCUUUCUGAUACAGCUUUGCCAACGACUACAACAUAUCUUGAGGUAGUUGCACUUUCUCUUUAAGUGCACCUGGUUUCCUGCGACAAUUGUACGGACCUGUGAUCUUUUUUUUUAGGAGGUUGAGGGAAAAUGCAUUAUGCAAACCAGACUUCACAACUGUGUUGUUUAUCUGAUACUGUAGGACUCUCACCCACUAAACCCUGGACCCCUCAGAGACUUGGGCUUUGGUUCGGGAUAUAGUUUAAUAUUACUUCGAAGCCAUAGCUUGAAGGAACGGGCGUUGGGCUACUAUCCCCUUUGUCACGUUCCGAUCCAUCCUCCGUUCGAGCUCCCCUCCUCCCCGGUGUGCAAAGGUCCGGGCGGGAUCUUGUGUUCUGCUCUCCCAUUAAAGCCGGCUGUAGAACAUCGGAUCCUUGCUCGUUUCGAACUUGUCCUUCCGUUAUUCUCUUGCGGCGUACCCUUUCGAGCCUUUCCUUUUUUUUCAUAACGUCGUCAAAGAAGGCCGUAACCUUAUUUCAGUUUCCUUUAUCCUUUGUCAUCAUUUCCACUUUAUGCUACCCUUCAUUGAUACCUCUCUGUGUCUGCUUAUCUCUGACCCCAUUUAGUGCCUGACAGUAAAGCACAAUGUGCUCUACUCCAUCUGUCAUGCCCAACGCGCAGAGUACACAGGUGUCCGUUUGCGCUUUGCCGAUCUUUGCCAUGUAGGUCUGAAACUGUCCGUGGCCCGACAGGACCUAGCAGGAGUGAUACGUAAGCUCUCCAUGGGUACUGCGAGUCCAUUCCUUGAUAUCUAGAAUUAAAUGCCGGGUCCAGUUGCCCGGAAACUCUCCUCUACUAUUGGCUUUCGGAGUUUCCCCACUGUCGCUGCCACUUGUCCAUCGUGGCUGCGCGGGCCAUGUUAUCGUCGUUAUUUACGUUUCUCAGAUGACGUUCCGCUCUCUCGCUGGCGAGCAGGUCCCAUAGAACCAUUCUAGCCAGCACUAGAAGAGCUUCGAUUGAAACGGUUCUGUACGCUCUUGCUACGCGUAUUCCUGCUAUCUUUUGAGCGGCUAGCAGCACCUCGCGGUUGGCUUUUGUUCUCAGCGCUAUAUCUGCCCACACUAGGGCGGCGUAAAGCGCUGUAACCUCUGCUACAGAAGCUAGAAGUCUCCGAUGGCCCUCAGAGGCUCCCCCUCCUCUAGGCAGAAUGUGAAACGAGUUGACGGCUAUUCUUCCUGUCUUGGCGGCUACAUAUUUAAUGUGUUCCCCUCUAGACAUCGCGGUGUCCAGCGUCCAAAGAGGUAUUUUGCUUUUCUCUGGAUACUGCUUCCCAAAAAGAGGUUGACCUCUCUAGUCUUCUUUUUGCCAGUUAGGUAUACUGCUUCUGUCUUCUCAGCGGCUAGCCUUAAAUAGUGUUCUUCCAUCCACCGAUUUACGAGUUCAAAAGAGUCAUUUGCUUUAUUUUCUAUGUCAUAUUCUGUCCGGGCCCUGACAGUAAGAGUCAGAUCACUGCGUAUGCAAUA